AUGACAAUAAAUAUCAUUAAAGAUAAAGUGUUGGAAUUACAAACUAUACCGUUAGACCGUCAAUUAAGAAAUAUUAAAACUUAUAUAAUGGAAAAUCAUUGUAUUAUAUUCAGUCCAAAUGGCUCGUAUUGCCUUUAUGAAUUAGACGAUGAUGGACAGUGGAAAAAAAUUACUAUGGUAAACUGUAAUCAUUGGCUCAUUGGGUUGAUAGCUGCAGAAAUUGAUGAAAAUAUCCGUAACGUACUAACACUAAGUGAUCAAGGAAACUUCAUGUGUACAAGCUUAAAAAGCACUUUUAAUCGUAUUAGACGGAUUAAUAAAGUAAAUACUCCAGGUAUAGUUGAAAAUUUUAAAACGAAAGGGAUUGGUUUUGAUGAUGGACUAGAAUCUCAAAAACGUUUGACUUGGUUAAUGAUUAAUAAACAAGAUGAAUUAAACGCAAGUAAAGUUACAUAUGGUUGCCAAAAAAAUAACAUAAUUGAAGAUUUUGAAAAAAUAAAAACUAAAUUUUUACAAUUAUUCGAAACGAAUAUCAAUGGACCGGAAUACAUGCAAAUAAAUAUUGAAGAAUUCGAUUUGAAUGUAAAUUAUACACAAAAUGUCAGAGCGAAAUGUAAGCUUGAACGUCAAGAAUACGAAGAAAAAAAUAUUAGUGACAUAGAAAAUUUUAAAACAGAAACUGCAAAUAUUAUAAAGGAAAAAUGGGAAACUUUAUUUAUCAAACCAAAAUCCAUAUAUUGUUUAAAAAAUAUAUAUAAAGUAGACAACUAUCCAAUAAGUAUACUAGACCAAAAAAUCACCGAAAAGGCAAAUAAAAUCAUAGAAGAAAGAAUAUUUGUCAGAGAUAUGUCAGAACAAAUAUCCAUGGAAGCUUUAUUUUUCAAAGAUCAUUUUGAGAUAUUGGAUGUUGAAUCGAAUUCGGAACUAAAUUAUAAACAAAAUAAUGAUUUAUCAAUGAUGGGUUCAAUGAGUUACAAGUUUAUUGAUACUAUCGACACUUUAAAUUCUCAAUACAAUUAUUAUAAAUUAGACAUGGCUGAAGAUGAAAUAAUUUUACUUCAACUCAUGGUUAACAAAUUAAAACAUAAGUUUAAUCAACUAUUUGAUGACUUGUUUAUUGAAAAACAACGACAAUUGGAUAAUUUGAAGGAAUAUCAGGAUAGAUUAAGUGUAAUUGAAACUGAAUUGAUGAUGGCAUGCAAAGUUGAAUCUUCUGGACCUUUACCGGUGAAUUAUAAAUGGAAUAAAUAUGAACAAACCGAAACACUGUUAUACAUCAAUGACAAUGAAGUUCCGGUUGAACCGUUUCAUCAUACCAAUAACAAAAUGUCAACUAAUGAAGAAAAAAACAGUAAGUUGUUAACGUUGGAUGACUUUAAACAUAGGGCAUUGAUGAUUAUGAUGGAUGGUGUGCUGGAAAAAAGAUGGGAAGAUGAGUUAAAAAAAGAUGUGCCUAAACCUCAAUGCAUGGUAUUGAAUAAAAGUCCUGAGGAAUUUACAGCUGAAGAUUUUAAGGCAAUAGAUGUGUAUGAAAAACUAACUUUGACUCUGAAUGACGAAAGAAUAAAAUACAAAAAUAUUCUUGAAGAAGAAAAGAUUAAAAUCUACCAUCACAUCGAACAGAUUAUUAUUGAAUUUGAUAACAAUGUAAUUAUGCUGUUUCAAAUGAGGUUGAAGUAUAAUUCAGCUAUCGACCAGGAGCAUUUAAAAAUGCUUAGGCUUUCAAAAAUGUUAAGUUAUAGUGAUCAACGAAAACAGCAAAUUAAAGGAUACAAUGAAGUCAUGUUGAAGUUAAGAGAACACAUCGUGGAGAUUGAAGAAAUUAUUGCGAAAACGAAUAAAAAAGUAGCAAUAUCCGAGCCAAAUUCUUUAUUUAAUAUUAUAGAAGCAUUGAAUCAUAAAAACAACAAUCUUAAUAAACGUUUUAAAUCCGAGUUUCCAUCCAAGCUCAAAUACGAACAAGCAUUAAUCGCCUACAAUCGAAGACCUAAAAUGCAUGGCAAUAAAAAUUACUCGUCAUUACUCGGUUACCAGUUUGUCCACACAAUAAUGAAUCCAACAUAUGAUAAUCUACGUAUUUUGACCCCAGAGUUCGUUAAAUACUUAGAUACACUUACUGUGUAUGACGAUUAUAAAUAUGUAGAACAUUUUAAGCUGAAUAUGAACAGAGAAACUUGGUCUAAGGUUUGCAGUUUUAGACGUAUGAAAAUUGAAACUGAAUUUAAUAUCAGUACUUGUCAAAAAGAUGCAACAGACAACGGCUAUUUAUUAGAAAGCUUGAAGUACAAUAAGGAAAAUAAGGAAGCUAUGAUUGAAAAAUUAAAGAUAUCUAUAGUUAGACUGGAACAUCAAGAUCUAUAUUAUGAAGAAAAUCCUGAGGUUCAAUUAGUAGUAAAACAGAGAAACGUUGAAACUGUUCUAACAGGAAACUUCAGCGAUUUCGAAAAUACAUCACUUAUUUCCAAAAAUGCUAUAGAUGAAGUGAACGCUGAAAUUAAAGAAAUGGGUAAUAUUAAAAUUGAUGCUGUAUCUAACUUACUUAGAUUCAAAUGUAGACAUCGGUUAUUAGAAUGGGAAUACGAGUUACUAAAAAAUCACAAAACUCAAUUGUAUACAUUUCGUUUUGAUUUUAUAACAUCAAUGAAAAUAACAGAAAAUAUGUUGUACUAUUUCAAGUUCAAGAUAAAAGGAAUUAAUAUUACUGAACAAGCUAAACAAAAGUUAGACAAAGAAAUAUCUGCUAUCAAAUUUACUUAUUCAAAGUCAAAAGAAAUUCUAAACCUAAAAUUAACUGAACUAUAUAAAAUAGCAAGUAGAACUAAAAAAAGAAAUAAAGAGGCUGACGAAGACAUUGACCAAAUGAAGUGGGAAUUAAACGAAUUAAAAUGCCAUAUAAACUUCAGUUUGAAUGAUAAACUAAAACAUCAUAGUGGUGAAAAAAUAACAAAUAUAAUGGCAUUUGCCAAAAUCAAUACAAAAGUUCUAAAAUUAAACAAAGAAAUUUCAGAAUUGGAGAAUGAAUUGGAAUUUCUCAGAGAAUCUCCAACUAGAUAA